AUGGGACGAAGUAGAUUGGCUCAGCCAUUCGGCAGUAUUGAACCUGCUGAAAAGCCUCUGGCUUCGCUUUGGCAGCCGGACCUUGACGAUGAGGACAUUGCAAGAUGGGGCUGUGCGCACGGCGACCUGCUCGACAGCGAUUUCCAACCUUAUCAUUUCGGUGGUAGGCCGCUUUUCAAAAUACAUGGUACGCUUAGUGCGCAGGUCGUCACUGUAAAAGUCUUGGUCUUACCGUUCUAUGACAACAAGGAUAUUAGCGGUCUACGCCUUUGCCUCGCAGAUGCUACUGAGGUAGCAAUCGGGUACAUUCCGAGUGAUAAGGAGAUCAGCCUUUCUAUUGGAGGCACACUGCGCGGAACUAAGGUCGCCACUGAAGAGCGUGGUGUUCAUGGCUUGAGUUUAGUGGAUAAGCCGGGCAUACAAUCAGCCACUGCGGGGGUAGUGACAGGUUUCAAAAUCAAGAAACUUGGCUUAGGGAAUCCAGUCACUGACGUGAAAGCUUACUUUGGCGUAAGUAGUUCGCAAAGUAUCAGUCAUACGUACUACCUUAGGCGGCAUAAGGACUGA